CGACAACCAACCACCUGGCCACCCACGCCUCGAGCACUCACUCCCAGGCUGGCAUCUUGGCUCGACUCCCGGGUUACAAGUUGAGUCGUGAGAAAUGCCUCCUCGCUCCCAUUUGCACAAUGCGACUCGACGUGACUGGGCCUUUCUGCGAGACACAAGCCGGUAGGGAGUCCAGGUUAGCGUGACCUGACAAGUGUCAAAGGAGCUGGCUGUUGCUCUCACUUGGUCCCCUUUCAAUUCGGGUUGUCCCCAACAGUCCUCGAGCCGGGGCUUCGUGUCGCAGCGAUGGGCAAUCUAGGGUUCUUGACACACUUGCGACUAGGGCUAAAGGGAUCGAGGAGAUGGCCAAAUACUUGAGGUGAGUGUGUGGAACGCAUGCCCAUAUUUGCCAUGGAUUGUGUCCCGCCGUUCCAAAGGGAGCCAGGAGGAGGAGGAGCCAGGGAGAUCUGCCGUCCCAAGGGAGAGGAGGACUGCCCGCGUCAGAAUAUCACCAGCACCACCGGGCGCCCCCGGAGCAGCAGAGCUCUGGACCUGCGCGAGACUUCUCUUUUUCUGAUGCCUCUUUCCUCAUGUUGCCUCCCUCAUACAUGGCCAGGAAGGCCAGGUUCCACAAGGAAGCUGUGGCUCUAGGCAUCCUCUGCGGCCUGCUCAUCUUGCUUCUUUUCCCAAGGCCACGGCCAGUCCUGCCCCGCCCGCCCACGGAACCGUCCAACAAGCCGCCACACCCAAUACAGUUGCUACACCGAGAAGCCCUUCUCGAUUUCGAGGCACUGCUGUCUCAGCAGUCACAAACUCCGGACGAGGCUGCCGUGGAGUAUGAAGAACGCUAUGGGAGGCCGCCGCCGCCAGGUUUCAAGGAAUGGGCCAAGUACGCCUUGCGACAGCGAUCACCCAUCAUCGAUGACUUCGACCAGAUUUUCGAGGACGUGGAGCUGUUUCACGGACAUUCCCCCGAGAGGCUGAAGCACCUCAUGGAAGAGGCAACCAAGGGCGACAAUGAGGCGGCAACCUUGUGCUCUUACACCAAGGCAGAUGGGUUUAAGGACUGUGCAUACUUCGCCGACGCUAUGGACUGGAUCUUUGGUGAUGCGAGGAAGCUUCUUCCCGACUUGAUGAUCCCGAUCAACACCCUCGACGAGCCAUCCGUCCUGCUGGUGAAUGACGCAAGCGAUGAUAUGGCCUCUGACUGGCCAAACCUGGCCCGUGAGAACAUCGUGGAUAAGGUCGCAGAAGCGUGUCAGGUCCGAGGCCAGACCACCGUGGACAGGCUUCUCCUAAUCAACAGGGUCGAGACCUUUGGGCUGCCCUUCGUUCAGAGCGUCGACGAGGAAAAGGACCUGUGCCUCCAUCCGGAAUUCAAGGAGUACCACGGAUUCCUGAACUCCCCUACCAGUUUCCGACAACUCCGCACCCCCGUGCCGCUCCUCUCAAGGGCAUCGCCAUAUCCCUUCGCUGACAUUCACAUGCCAUCACCUCACUAUGCCUUCCCCCACAAUCUUUACGACAAGAGGCUGGACCAGCCGUGGCACAAGAAGAAGAACGCCGUGUUCUGGCAUGGGUCCACCACUGGUGGCCACUGGCAUAAGGACACCUCGUGGCGCAAGGGCCACCGCCAGCGGCUUGCGAUCCUGGCCAACAUGCACGCCAAGGGCCAGAACUACACGUACCUGCAGCUCACCAACGAUACAGGCCAGGCGAGCGACCCGUGGCACACAUACACCUCGCCCCAGCUGGACCGCAGGCUAUACAACGUGCACAUCUCGGCGGCGCUGCAGUGCGACGAGGAAGAGUGCGAGCAGCAAGAGCGCUUCUUCCGGGUCGCCGAGCACAGCGACCAGCCGGCGGCCGAGCCGUACCGGUACCGGUUCGCCCUCGACAUCGACGGCAACAGCUACAGCGGGCGCUUCCACAAGCACCUCGCGGGCCACACCACCCCGCUCAAGAUGAGCAUCUUCCGAGAGUGGCACGACGAGCGCCUGGUCCCCUGGCUGCACUACGUUCCGGUCAGCCAGGGCAUGGAGGAGCUGCCCGAGCUGAUGCGAUUCCUGGCCACCACCGACGAGGGCCAGGAGGUCGCGUUCCGCAUCGCCGAGGAGGGCAGGAAGUGGUACUACCGCGCCCUCACACCCGUGCACCAGGGGCUGUAUCUGUAUAGGCUGUUCCUGGAGCUGGCGUGGCUUCUGGACCCAGAGCGAACGGUGGAGUAGGUCAUGGGGGAGUAACGUAUUCUAGAACGGGAAAUCUGGGAUCACAAUGAAGCGUGUAGUGCUGGAGGCAGAUUGAGGUGGCCGCUUUGUAAGAAUCCAGGCCGUCCUCGCUCGCCUGAGCGUUCCCAGGCCUUCGAGGUCUUGUGAGGUCUUAUUUGGCGCUUGGGUCGAAGUUGUAAGUUGUCGCAACGCAGAAGACUUUC